AGGUCCACUUUAGUAUACCUACGCCAUCAUAUCGUUGACCUUCUGGAGCAACAUGGAGAGACUGAGUGGCCCCCAGACUGUCCCCCAUUGGAACCAGCCAGCAUGGCAGAGGUCCAGAAUUUCUUUACUGCAAACAAGGUUCGGUACUUGGCAUUGAUUGUUGAAGAAGAGAGCUCCUACCUGGGUCGAGAGGUGACCCUGGAUAUGCUGCAGUAUGAGAACAUUGCUGUGCGCAGAGUUCUGAGCAAUGAGGAGAACCUCACCACAACGCUUGGUGUUCAGGAGACCCCCUCUUGCUACCUAUACUUUGCCAACAACACCUACAGGAGUGUCACAGUGAGAAUGCCAACCCGCACUUUCUACACAUAUUACUUACGCCGGUUACCAGGGGUGAUGCGUGCCAUUCAUAACCUGCCUACAGUAGAGUCCACAAACAUUACUACUGCCCCACCGUGGAGAGACUUUGACAGUUCCAAAGUAUACAUGGCUGAUCUGGAGUCAGCACUUUACUACUCUCUCAAAGUGGAGGUGGGAACACAUCAGGAGCUAUCUGGAAAGAACCUCACUGCCCUGAAACAAUUCAUCAAUGUGCUCACAAAGUUCUUUCCGGGGCGACCCUUUGUCAUGAAGUUGCUUCAAAUCACUAACUCCUGGCUGGAAGAGGAUAACGUGGCACCAAUCUCCUACAAUGUUUAUAUUGACGUGCUAAACAACAAGAAUGGGACAACUGGGGCCCUGUUGCCAGACAGACUGAACUGGGUAGGUUGCCAGGGCAGCAGGCCUCACUUCCGAGGUUACCCGUGCUCCAUGUGGACACUGUUUCACCUCUUGACAGUGCAGGCUGCAAAAUACGAUAAAUCAAUGCGUGAAUCUGUGGAAAUCCCGCUCUGCGGGGGCUGUAACCAGCACAUCCUGGACAAGUUCAUCUUGAAAGUGCUAGACCGCUCUUGGCACAGCAAAUGCUUGAAGUGCGCUGACUGUCAGCUACAGCUCACCGAUAAGUGCUUCUCCAGAGCCGGCAACGUUUACUGCAAGGAAGACUUUUUCAAACGUUUUGGGACAAAAUGUGCAGCGUGCCAGCAGGGUAUCCCCCCAACCCAGGUGGUGAGGAAAGCUCAAGACUUUGUCUAUCACCUUCACUGUUUCUCCUGCGUCAUGUGUAACCGGCAACUGUCUACAGGUGAUGAAUUCUAUCUGAUGGAGGACAGCCGGUUAGUGUGUAAGGAGGACUAUGAGACGGCCAAACAAAACGAUGCUGAUGCAGAGGCUGGAGCCAAGAGACCUCGUACGACCAUUACAGCCAAGCAGUUGGAAACACUAAAGAAUGCAUACAAAACGUCUCCAAAACCAGCUCGCCAUGUGAGAGAACAGCUUUCCUCAGAGACAGGGCUUGAUAUGAGAGUUGUACAGGUUUGGUUCCAGAACAGAAGAGCUAAAGAGAAACGCUUAAAGAAGGAUGCAGGCAGACACAGAUGGGGCCAGUAUUAUAAGAAUGUGAAGAGAAGCCGUGGAGGGGCAAAGAAUGGGAAAGAGAGCUCAGUGGAGGAUGGGGGCCUCAGCGACAGUGAAUUGAGUUUCAGAGAUGAUCAGAUCCUCUCUGAACUUGGCCACACCAAUGGAAUUUACAGUGGUGUGAGUGAUAUGACUGGCAGACAGUUACUGAAUGGAGGCUUCACUGUCGAUGCCAUAGGGCAGCAGUACCAUGACCUGAGAGCCAGCAGCCCCUAUGGAAUCCCUCAGUCCCCAUCGUCUGUAGCCUCAGCCCCUGCACACACCCCCUUAAUGAACAGCCUUGGCUAUGUUGACAAUAAUUUGGGGAUUAUAGCACAAGGUGGACAGGGAAUGAGCCAGGCCCUGAGAAUGAUGACAGGCGGUCCUACUUCUGAUAUCUCCACAGGUAGCAGUGCCGGUUACCCAGACUUUCCAACAAGCCCUGCCUCGUGGCUAGAUGACAUGGACCAUCCUCAAUUUUAA